AUGUUCGCUACAGCAACAGAAAGCCAAACAAUAACCCUUCAGGGCCAAAAUGGGCCGAUGGAUCUCGAUGGGCAGCCGACAAACUACAAUGACUUUCGUGAUCAGCUCAACCGAGACGGAUACGCAGUUAUCAAAGGCGCGAUUCCGCGUGAUCGAGCUGAUAAAUACGCGGAUGCUUUUUGGAGUUAUAUUGAAGAUUUUGGCCUCGGAUUCAAACGUGAUGAUCCUUCUACUGUCAAACGGGACAUGUUGCCCGUCAUCAAUGAAAAGGGGAUGAUACUCAACUAUGGGGUUACCCAUGAACAGUGGGUAUGGGAUAUUCGGGGCGAGCCUGGUGUUAUCGAUGCAUUUGCCAAGGUUUAUGCAGAUGAUGAUCUGAUUGUUUCGUUCGAUGUGGUCAAUGUUGGAUUUGCAAACCGCGAAGACCUUCCCGCAAACAAACCCUGGCCUCAUCAAGACCAAGACCCCUCCAAACCCGGCUUCCGUUGUCUCCAGGGCCUUGUAAAUCUGAACCCCUGCGGUCCCAAUGACGGCGGCCUUAUCGUCUGCAAGGGUGGACAUGUCUUGUCAGAACAAUUCCAUCGGGAAAUGGCCGAUGAGCCACGUAUUCCCGCCUGGACAUCUGAAUGGUAUGGCUUCACCGACAGAGGGAUGAAAUGGCUAUCCGAUCACGGCUUGAAGUGGGAAAAAGUAUGCGCCGAACCGGGGGAUUUGAUUGUUUGGGAUUCGAGGACGCCGCAUUAUAAUGUUCCGCCGACCAUGAAGCAAGAUCGGUUGGCGGUUUAUACGUGUUAUAUGCCUGUGAAGGAUGUUUCUCAGGAAGAUUUGAUAAGGAAGAAGGACGCCUUUGAAAAACGCCUGGGAACGACCCACUGGCCAAAUGCAAGACAUGUUGCGCCAAAUAAUGAUGCGAUGAGAGAUGGGAAGCUGUGUCCCAAGAAUCGUACUGGACCUGUGCAGGAUCCUGUCUUGAACGAGCGGACGUUUACGCUUACCGGUAUUCCUUAUAUUAAGGAGUCUGCUUAG